CACACACACACACACACACACACACACACACACACACACACACGUGUGCUUUUAUAUCAUUAUUUUAGUUAUUCUUCACCCUCACCUGGAAACAUUGUACAAACUCACCUGUGUGAAAUGUGUGUACAUCAGCGUGGAGGUUGAGGACCAGAGGUGGAGUCAACGGGACAAAAACACACCUGUGGAGGAAACAAAGCGUCACCUCGUGUCUCAUUUUCAUUUUCAAACCCUACAGCAUUCAGCAGUUCAUCUGUAACAGUGUCUCUAAAAACCACAUCUGGAACACUGUGUCUGGGACACUACAUCUGGAACACUGUGUCUGGGACACUACGUCUGGAACACUGUCUGGGACAUAACGCCUUUGGGACACUGCAUCUGGGACACUACGUCUGGAACACUGUGUCUGGAACACUACGUCUGGAACACUGUGUCUGGGACACUACGUCUGGAAUACUGUGUCUGGGACAUAAAACUGCACCUGUGUUAAACAGUGAUGGCUUCCCCAAAAUUGAGCUCCGCCUCAAACCCCCAGCCAUCUAAACUACGCCGCACGAAGAGCAAGAAACGGCACUUUGUGCAUCAAAAGGUGGAGGUGUUCAGGGCCAGUGAUCCCGUCCUGAGUGUCUUCAUGUGGGGCAUCAAUCACACGGUCAGUGAUAUGGUGCAUGUUCCUGCUCCUGUGAUGCUGCUGCCUGACGACUUUAAAGCCAACAGCAAGAUCAAAGUCAACUAUCAUCUGUUUAACAAAGAGAAUCUCCCGGGACACUUUAAGUUUAAGGAGUACUGCCCUCAGGUGUUCCGAAACCUCCGCGAGAGAUUUGGGAUCGAGGAUCAGGAUUAUCAGAUGUCUUUAGUGCGAAGCUCCACGCUGAAAGAUGGUGAGAGCCCGGACGAUUCUCUUCUUCUCACUUCACAUGACCGCUUAUUAAUCAUCAAGCAAAUUUCCAGUGAGGACGUGGAGGACAUGCACAACAUCCUGCCUGAAUAUCACCAGCACAUUGUGAAAAGUCAUGGCAUCACGCUGCUCCCUCAGUUCCUCGGCAUGUACCGCAUUACUGUCAACAAUGAGGACACCUACUUCCUCAUCAUGAGGAACAUGUUCAGUCACCGCCUGACCAUCCACACCAAAUACACCCUGAAGGGUUCUCUGGUGUCUCGUGAAGCGAGUGAUAAGAAGAAGGAAAAAGAUCUGCCCACGCUGAAGGACCUGGACUUCAGGAACAACAUGCAGCAGAUAUACAUCAGUGAUGAGAAGAAAGAGAAACUAAUGGAGAAACUCAGCCGAGAUGUAGACUUCCUUGUGAGGUUAAAGCUCAUGGACUACAGCUUGUUGUUGGGAAUUCAUAACAUGGACAGAGGUGAGCAUGAGGAAGAGGAGGAGGAUGAAGACUCAGCGUGUGAAGAGGAUGAUGAACAGGACAAUGACCCGUCCAUGUUGGCACCUACGUCUCUCAGCACGCCACCUGAGGCUGGAGCCGGUUCUGUUCCCGCCUGUAAAGCCGCCACUCCAGCAGAGUUUGAUCCGUCUGUGGAUGUGUACGGAAUCCAGAGUGCAGCCGGAGCUCUACAGAAAGAAGUUUACUUCAUGGGGUUAAUAAACAUCCUGACUCAUUAUGACACCAAGAAAAAAGCAGCACAUGCUGCGAAGACAGUCAAGCAUGGAUCGGGGGCAGAGAUCUCAACAGUUCAUCCUGAGCAGUACGGCAGGAGAUUCCUGGAAUUCAUCUCUAACAUCUUCACUCACUGAGUUCAUUUCAUCAGAGAGAGAGAGUGUGUGUGUGUGUGUGUGUGUGUGUGUGUGUGUGUGUGUGUGUGUGUGAGAGAGAGAGAGAGAGAGAGAGACAUUACAGCUGAAGUGGUAACUUAGCAGCAGUUCCAGUGUGGGAUUUGAACAUACAACCUUCUGCUCACAACUAAACACUGAACACUGUGUUUUCUCUUUGUGUUUCAUUGCAAUCACUUUGUUCUUUAGUGUGAAUUGACAUGUAUUUAUUAUAAACAAGCUCAGAUUUCAUAUUAAAC